CUUGUUGCCUCUCACCAAUCCGCGUUUCCCUCCUCUUGUCUCCUCCCACUCACCGUAGCGUCCUGGGUUGCCAGGCAACGGCAGGCUUUGUACAGGCGGAUGUCAUGGCGAAGAGUCACCGGGAGGCCGUGUUGGCUGCAGCCUGUGUACAGACCCCCGUCCACCCGCACAGCCGGACCCCGCUCACCCUGUACGAGAGGCUGGAGGAGGACAGACUGCGCAUGGCCGGCUACAAGGAGGACCGAUCGGGGGAUUCUUUUAGUUCAUGUUCUGAUGACGGAGACCACCCUUGCAAGAUGACGAGUUCUAAGGAUUGGGUUCUAGAUGUUUCAAGAAUGGAUCACACAGACAAGGAGUAUUACAUGCAGGUGGAGAGACUGAAGAAUGCUCAUGUGGAAAACAUGGAAGAGCUGGAGAAAAUGUACAAAAAUAAACUUAACCUGAAAGGAGUCCACAGUGGUGAUCCUGUCAUCAAAAGCACUUAUCGGCCAGCGUGGGAGCAGAGACCUUCUCAGCCAGAGAGACCUUCUCAGCCAGAGAGACCUUCUCAGCCAGAUGGAUUUAAUUGUUCCUCAUUAAAACCUGAAUUUAAUUGGAAUGUCUCCUCUGGUGUAUCAGAAGCAUCUUUUGGGGAGACGUCUGAUGGAGAAGACAGCUGUGACACACAAGAUUCCACUUCUGCCAAAGUGAAAAUCCUUCAAAUGUGGAAUGGAUUUGAAAUACAAGAUUACAUUAAGGACACAAAACUCGAUAAGCAAAAGUUAAAACGUAAAACCGACAAAGGCAAAUCAAAAGAAUGGUCUCACAGUGUUACCAUUCCAGAACCUUUUGAGAUGACUGUUAGGGAGUCCAAGAAAAAGGAGAUGAAUGCUAAAUCCAAAUUGGAGAUUGAGUUGGAGAACGCUUUGCUAAAGAAAAGACUGGAGGAAGAAGCUGAAUGUCAAAAGAAGUUCAGAGCAAACCCAGUUCCAGCUUCUGUCUACCUUCCCCUCUACCAUGAGAUAAUGGAAAGAAAUGAAGAGAGACGCAGAUUUGUAAAAGAAAGAAGCAAGGAUAUACUUUUGGCAUCUCAGAAACCGUUCCAGUUCACUGAAAGGGAAGAGCGCAAGAAACAAUAUAGAAAGAUGCAAUUUUUUGAUUUUGAAGAUUCAGUCAAUCAUUAUAAGCACUUCAAAGCAAGACCAGUCCCAAAAUCUAUAUAUGGAACCUCUGUUAAUGAGAGACUUAAGGAAGAAGAGCUCUAUAGAGGAAUUAGGAUACAUAUGAGAUCCCAGGAUCUCUUACGUACUUCCUCUUAUCCUACCACUACGCUGGCUUGUAAAAGUAGCACAAAAAGUUGCAAAGCAAAAUGUUCUGAAGCGGUAAAAAAAACAGCUAGCAGGCCUAAGAUAAAUACCCAGUUACCCAAUUUUCCGAUUGUGCAUCAAAAGAACCAGAAACGCCUUGUAAAAAAUAAAAAUAUCAAACAUGUGACGAUCUGUGACCCUUUUCAACUACGAACCGAUAAUAUUCCAUCUCAUAGGGAAAAAAUUCUCAAGGACAUUGAAGCUGAUGAAGAAUGUUUAAAAGAGGCCCGUUGGCCAUAUAAGUCUCCCAGGAGCCAGCCACAAAAAAAUUCCUUGAUGGUAUCUCCACGUGAAGAGGCUCAUGUUGUAAGUCCAAGAUCCACCGAAUCCUCUAAAAGAAGAGAACAGGCUGUUAGGAAGUUUCUUGAAGCACAAUUAAGAAAAGAAGAAGAUGAGAAAAGGAUCCGAGCAAGAAAGAAGAAGAGAGAGAAAUUACUGAAGAAACAUAUAACUAGAAAAGUUAAAUCUAUCCAUCCACAGCAAGCCAAAAACUCACAUAGUAAAUUAAAAGAACUCAGGAGAAAUGAAAAACAGAGGAUGGAAGAGUACUUUGAAGAGUUGGAUGCAAUGAAAGACCGAGUCUCCCAGACGCCCCUCCUACUGGAAAGGGUUCGAAAGGAAAACGCUAGCCUGCGUGCUGAAAAGCGUUACUCCGGUGUUCUGAAAGAUGCAGGAUUAUCUGAUGAUUAUGUGUUAACUAAAGGCCAAACACUCCAAACUUCAGGAUCAUUCAAAGUGAAUUCAGAUGAUGAAGAAGGAAGCUCACAAGGCACAUUGGAAAUAGAAGAUUUACAUGAAGAUGGUGAAGAUCAUGAGGCCUCUGCCAAUGAAUCUGAAGAAAAGAAACAGGAAUAUAGUACCGAUGAAGAUCACACUGAUAGUGAUUCUUAAUCAGGAUUUGAAAUCUAUAACAGGAGCCACAUUCAUAAGCUAAAUCUAAUUUUAAGGUUGGGAAAAUGUUCUACAACCCUCCUAAAGGGGUUGUAAAGGUACAUUU